AUAAAUAAAUUAAUUCAAAAUAACACACUUUAAGACUCUAAAACUUACAUUUAAAGCUAUGAUAACUUCAUUUAAUUCAUUAUUUCUAUAUUCCACUACAAAUCUUUACCGUUUAAUCGUUCUAAGUGCAUAAAACUGAACCGCCUACGAGUUAUUUUUGUGUUCAAAUUCCCUAUUUCUUAUGUAAACAGUGAUGGAAAACUGUUAUCAACCGUCGCCGCACAGUUCCCAGGAUUACUAUCCGCACUACAACCUGUUCCAGAGCUCGAUAUUUUACGAUACAGACAACUUUCGUGUGCCGUGUCUUUUGGAGGAGUCUGUGGCCUCGGAGAGCUCUGAGAACGAGGAACGGAGCGCGGAACCCCCGGAUAAGCCCCCGGAGGCUCCGGUGAAGGCCAAACGGGUGGUGGCUAAGGAGGAGCUGUAUCGAGACCCGGAAUCAUUCGGGAAGGGUGAAGUACAAUCAAACAUCAACGGUCCCGUAGAGCCUCCGAACUCGCUGCCCCAUCCGUGGGGUUACGACUGGACGAAGCAGAGCUGGGUGAAGGAGGGUGCUCCCGUAUCCGACACGGCUAGAGAUGAGCGGGCCACACCGGAGCAUCAGCCCGCAGCUCCGAGGGUUAACAACAGCAAGGCAGAAAGCAUGAUGCAUAAGAUGGGUUGGCAGGGCGGAGCGCUCGGCAAAACUGGGGAUGGAAUCACGGAGCCCAUCACACCUAAAGCUAUCCAUGCGUUCCGUCCAUCUCCCGGCCCCGGGCGGCCAGGCAAGAAGGCAAAGACUCCGAACAAGGCGACCCCGGGCAAGAAACACCCCGCCAUGAGGGACUCCUUCCGGACUAAUAUACUCAUGCUUAUACUGGAGUUUGUUCAGGACGAUACUGAGACGGAGCUCCUAUUCGACACAUCUCUCCGUCAACACGAGCGCCGCUACAUCACGAACAUAAUCCACUCCGUGGUGAACGACGAGACGCUUCACUCGCUGUCCUCGACAGCUCAGUACGAACUGGCCCAGGACAUACAUAGGAGGAAUAAAUACUUGCUGGAGUGCGCUCAGGGGGAUAAUCACCAACUAGGCAUCUACAAAGAGGCCCCAGAAGACGUAUACCUCGUCACCCCGGACGAUUUCUCCACCAAAGACGACUCAGACAAAAACGUAGCUAUCGAAAACGGCACUAACGAUAAAAUCAACGGAGAUAUGGACGACGAUGAAAAUCCAUUUUUGAAAAGCAUAAAGAAAAGUAUAAAAAAGGAUGAUGAACCGAAGUUAACUAAUAAGUUUGAGACGGACUGUGUUAUAGCGAAGGACAGUGAGCCUAAAGUGGACAGUAAGAGCGAUGUUCCGGUUACAGAGGUUGAUAAGAUGUUGGAAUUCUUUUUGGAGUUCGCCGAGACGGAUAGUUAUAAGGAGAUGCGAUUCUUAGGCACAUUCACUGAUCCCCAAUCGUCAGCCAUCAACGGCAUACUCACGGACGUGUCUUCCUGGGCGCUCGGCAGUUUCCAUGGCAACGAGCUAGUCGCGAGGGCGCUAAGGAACGCUACGCUUAAGAUACGGGACGGGGCCAAUGGAACACCUGAGAUCCACAAGGUACCAGCCAGCCCCGGUAGAAAUCUGGGGAAAACCUAGAUAUAAGGUGGGCCAAUACAAUACGAAUAAUUUCUUACAUAGAACGGGUAUUCAACCUUCAAACAGGACUUACAAAAACUCAAAGCAUUAUUAAUAAGAACUUAAUGUAACUUUUGUUAAGAAAAUGUGCCGGAAUUUAUGUAGUCACAGUAUGUGUCACUGUACGGAUUACGGUUCGUUACAACCAAAUUUUAUAAUACCAUUUUCCUAAAACGUCGCGAUGCCAGAACAGAUUAGUCUCAUAGUGUCUAAUUGAAAAGACUUAAACCUACUUCUCAAAUUACCGUAUUUCCAAAAUGUCUAUGAGUCAAAUUAACUUAAAACCAAAACUUCACUUUCUCAAAAUGCCUAAAAUCCAUGAAAACUGUAUUUUUAAAGUUUUUCAUAAAUAGUUAGCUUUAUUAACUAAAGUUAUCAAUAAAACACAGUGCAAGGAAAAUAAUGCACACUGUAAAUAAAAUUGUUGGUAUUCUGAGAAAGUGUCAUUUUGAAUUUUGGUUAUUAUUUCGUAUAUUUGAUGUAACAGACCAAUGUCAUUUUGGCAUGAAAAUUGGUAUUUCUGUAAUUUUAGACAGUUUACUACUAAUCCGUUUUAACAUUGCGAUAUUCUAAGAACAUGGUAUUAUAAAAUUUGGUUGUAACGAACCGUAAUCACUGUACGGUCAUCUAAUAAGGCUGUCUAAGUCGCCUUACAUUUUAAUUCUUUGGUUUUUGUCUUUUUAUUAAAUGGCUUUUAAGAAAUGGUCGACGGUGUAACGUGUAACCCUAAACAUACUCUAAUUUUAAUUGAAUAUCUACUUUAUUUAAAGAAAUGGGUUUUGUGAAAACGUUUUAAAAGAUCUAAUAGUCGACCUUUUCUUGACCACUUUUUUGUCUCUUGAGUAAAGAACAUAUAUUUCUUUCAUUGCUAUAAAUCAUAUUAGAUGAGUUUUGUGCGUACUUCAUUA